AUGAUUCUUGCGACCGUAGUUGAGCCCUGCCAUCGAACACAUGAACAGCUCUUGGUCACCAGGAAUCUAGUUGAUAACUUGCUGCGCUACACUGGACCAGAAGCUGCGGCUGUCAGAUAUGAACUGAAACUGUUCAAACUGCAUAUCUUGCUAAAUCCCGUCAGUUUUAGUCCGUGUCAGUUAUUGACGUUUAAUAGGACUACUUUAGUGGCGGCCGUGUCUACUGUCAUUAGAAAUAUUACUGUUAUGAUGUACUUGUAA